UUCUGUGCCAUUUGCCAUCUUGAAAAUUUCUUUCUGACCAUUUCCUCUUGUUGGUGCACGUGGGGUUCCAAAAUGUCUUCGCACUUGAAUUGGAUGAUAAUCCGCGAUAAUAAUGCCUUUCUUCUUAAGAAGCGCAACAUCAAGAAGCCGUUUUCCACGGAAUCAAAUAAUUUGACGAAUCAAAGCAGCUAUCGUUAUUCUGGUUUGAUUCAUCGUAAGAGCGUAGGCAUUGUUGAUACUCCUGAUAAAAAGGGAUUCACAGUCGUCUACAAGAAAGCCAAGGCAGUCAACAAGCCUGCUAAGGCUACUGUCAGGAGUACAAUGAAAGCGGGAGCUCGUCGUUCCCUUUAUAAAUUGAAGACACUGUUAACGAAAAACAAAUAUCGUGUAGAUCUUACCAAAGCUGCACUGCGACGAGCUAGCGCUGUGCUACAAUCUCAGAAACCUCUUCCUGCUAAAAAGACACGAACUACUAAGAAGGCCGAUUAAUUUGUAUACUUUAUUAAAUAUAUGUUUUAACAUAA